CGCCGCUUCUUCUGUUACUGCUGCUGCGAUCACUUGUUGAAGACCCGGUAGAAGAGCGCGCACCCGUUCCUCGAGCACGCCACGACCAUUUUCCUCGGCAGCGGCGGCGGUGGUGGUGGUGGUGGUAGUGGUGAAUAAAGAGAAACGCGUGGAAACUGUGUGUACAUAGUGGCGUCGAACGGGAAUUAUGUUGUAGGAAGAGUGAUGAGCAAUAACGGCGUAGACGCGGUUGAAAGCGGUUUGAGUCUGUGCCGAGCGAGCGGCGCGGAUCGAACGCUCGAUACGCGACACGUUCCAAGUGGAAUAUUCGAAUUGGGACUGUCGAGGAUCUCGUAAGAUUCGCGGAGAAAAGAGAGAGGCCAUGAGGUGCGAGCACGAAGUGAAGAAAUACAACGUCGCGAUUAGGCGCCAAUGACGUCAGGCAAGAAUCGUGGAGCCGUGUAAAAUCGUAAGGGGAAUACGUUCGUGGAGUUUGCAGUGCGGGUCCGUUAGUGUGUUGGUGAUGUAUUACCGCUGGCAGCGGUGAUUGUGGUAGUAACAACAACAGCAGUAUCAGAGAGUAGGUUGUUGGUGGUGGUAAAGAGUCGUGUAGUGGACUCGAUAUCGGUGUUGCCGAACAGAGAAAGAGAGAGAUAGAGAGUGGUGGGGCUAAAAGGAGAACCCGUGUGGAAUUGCUGCGUGGUCCGUCGUGGUAGCCAAUUAUAUUUUCUACGUGUGUGCUUCGCGGGCAAUGACUAACUGCUCGCCGUUAAGUGUGUUAGUAGGAGAUAUCGUUGACGAACCCGUUUCUGCGUUGGUGUUGCCGUCUACGUCAGCACCGGUCGGACGGGAUUUGCAUAGCAAACAGAUUGACGCGCUGGUAAGUGGAUAACGAGAGAGGAGUCGCGACUCUGUGUCCCACCAUGGAUCGUGACUCGCGUUCGUAUUCCUGCGGAGGCUGCGAGAGGACCGAGGGCCGAGCUAUGCCGAUAGAGUAACAAGUGAGCGGCGAAGCGGCGUUGCCAUGACGACAGAGACUCACACUGUGGCGAUGACAGACCCACAGUUAGCGAACAACAAUAACAGCAACAACAACAACAACAAUAACAAUAAUAAUAACAAUAACAACGAUGGCGAGCAAAAGUACCUGCACAAAAAGUUCAAGAAGAUGGCGACAACCGAGGUCUCGCCGAAGGUGGAGCCGAAGAAGGACACCGCGGUCAGCAACGAUUCUUUGGAACCACCUAAAAAGAAAGAUUCGACCAAGGACUUCCGAGAGUCGCCUAAAGAUCCGAUCAAGAUCGAGGCGUCCCCGGAAUCCGUGGAUGGAGACCCCGCAGCCGAGUCCAGGAAAAGCGGCUACGUGUGCCCUUAUUGCAGGCUAUUGUGCGCUAAGCCAAGCGUCUUGCAGAAACACAUCAGGGCACACACGAACGAGAGACCGUAUCCUUGCGUGCCUUGCGGUUUCGCCUUUAAAACCAAAUCGAACCUCUACAAACACUGCAGGUCACGAGCUCAUGCCCUGAAAAUGGAGGGUGGUGAUGCCAGCAAGGUAUCAGAAGAUUCGGACAUAAGUUUGUCCGACAGCGCGAGCAACGGUACCGGCACACCACCACCACCACCUUCGUCAACUCCCACGACCACCGUAUCCAGCGUGAAAACGAUCAAAACCGGGAAAAUCUACAAGCCAAAAUUCCACACGGCGCUCCAGUGCGUUAACAACGAUAUCGAAACGUCUUCCUUAUCCUCCGUUUCUUCCACGAACAGUUCUUCCUCAACGACCGCAGCUGUCACUCCUAAACCCAACCCGGAGCAGGUGCAGGAACACAUCGACAAAAUUAUCACCGACAACCAGGCGAUCGUCGAAGCGGUAGAUCCGCGACUUCACAAGCUGAUUCAAAGGCAACAAAGUCUCGUAGAGAUGAAAGAAUCUGACCAACCGUUGAAUCUCUCCUCGGCCGAAGAAUUUGCCUCCAGGAAACGUUGUUACAGCGAUACCUUCGCGGAGGACAAAGAUUGUCCGAACAAUUCCGAAGGCUCCAUAAUAAAGGACCUGUUGCUGAAGAAUCAAAAUUCGAGCCAAGACGGUAGCACGGAGAACGAGAAUUACCUUUGUCCCUCUUGCAACAUCCCCUACUCGAGCAUCGACAACCUGGACGCCCACCGGAGAUACUACUGCAAAGGUAGCCUAAGUCCACGCAGGGAGUAUCCUUUGGAGAUCGAUAAAAGAGAGUCCGAGUUCGAUUCAAAGUCUUCCGAUUAUUACAACACGUUGCAACCUCUUCCCUCGCCUGGACCACUUCUAGGGAACACUCGGCUGGUCGACGCGUACACGCCACCUGUAAAGAAACAGAGGUCAGAAUCCGUGCCCACUACGUUGCGAUCCCUGGAGGAACUCAGCAAGUAUCCUCGGCCCAACUCGUUGCAGAUGUUCGGCGGAGAGGUGAGGAUACUGGACAACACCGGGGAAACAAAAACCAUGAGGAUCGAGCCGCGGCAAACCAAGUCCCCGACCAGCGAACACAUCGUAAGCAGCAAGUGCGUCACCUCGGAGACCGCCUCCAUCGUGGUCAGAUCUGGCCUCCAUUCGGGUGGUACCAUGGUGCACAAACCGCCAGGCACUCCCGUCAGUACGGCCAGUACCUCCAUAUCCUUGCCCAACACACCUAAAAUGUUGGCACCCAUCAUACCGAACAUAUCAACCCCGAACAUAGCACCCAGUAUGUCCUGCUACAAUUACAUGGAGUCCCAUUUGAACCCCCUGACCAGCAUCACUGCCUACAACCCGUUGACUCUGCCCCAACCAGGACAAAUCACGAGCAUCCUCCACGGCGGCAAGGUCAUACCCUACGUCCCCGGCAUGCCUGGACCACACACUCUGACACCGACCAUAGACAUAUCCUCGAGUAUAGCGACUGGCGAAGCCGGCUACAAGGUGAUACCUGGUCUACCCGGCCUGCAUAUGAUCCCUCAACCUCUGGACCUGGCCAGUCCGGUCAAGAUACAGACACCGAGUGUACCUGGAAUCCCAGGACCCAUGUCCAGUGGACAUGUGCCCAUGAUGGGUCAACCCUUGGAUCUGGCUAGUCCUGCUAAGGACUCGAAACUCGGCUUUAAAACACCUGGAAACGACGUCAUGAAAGCUGGCUUGACCAGUCAAAAAGUUCCUAUCGUUAAGGUCGAAAAUUCUGGGGAGAAGUAUCGGAGGGGAGUGCCGUCUGUCGUGGAGGUGACGAAGGUAGAGCUUGACCGUCAUAUCAAGAACAGCAUGGCCAUCAAGUACAAGGGUAUGGAGGGCCUCAGGGACAGGCGGGAGUUCGCGUACGAGCGGAGCCCGAAGGCGGAGAAAAGUUUCGGUUACACGAACGGGAUCGAUGCGGGAGUCGCUUCCUCGAUCUCCUACAGUAAACUUAGAUACUCGCCGAAGGAGUCUUCCGAGAAUAGAAAGAGACUGUCGACGUGGAACGUGAACGAAGUGGAAGCCGGCAGGGUGAUGGUUGAAUCUCUGGGACACAACGCGGCGAAGUACGAUUCGCCCACGACCCUCGAGAAUGGACGGCUAAAGGCGAGUCUUAACGAAACGAGAACCAAGCAGACCGAGUAUUACGGUACCUUUAAUGGAGCCAAGGCUAAGCCCGAUCCUGUGUCGCCGAUGGUGCUCCUCAACGUAGAUACCUCGAAAACAGAUGUGCCAAACAAAGCUUCCGUAGAUUUAAUUAGCAAGGUGGACAAACCCGAAGCGAAGUCGCCGAAGAACGGAGACGCCACGAAGGAGGAGACGAAUUCAAGCAAGUUCUUGAGACCCACCUCUUUGCCGCUGAAGCCGGGCACCUUCACCCCGAAGAAGCAUCACGGAAUUACGCCGACGGCGAACACGCUUCCACUCAUCAGCCCAGAAACCCCCAGGCCGAAGAAAUCGUACGGGCAACUUUACCUGAACGGGCAUGCUUACACAUAUCUGGGCUUGAAGUGUUCUACCAGAGUGUUUUAUUGUACUCUGAACAGACCACAGCCCAUGUACGUCACGCAGCAACACGGGUUAUCAAUGUACUCCAAUUGGAAGAUAUGCGAGGAAGCACCACCUGAUGUAGAUAUGGCGCAUUAUGACUCGAGGCAUAGAUCGUUUAAUUAUACCACCGCCUGGAAAAAGCAGGAGGACAUCUUGACACACUCCUCGCAGAGACCCACCACCCCUACGAGCCCGGAUAGCGGCUUGGACGGUGACAUGCAAGAGAAAGCGAAGAGAGUCAAGAUUUUCGAUGGGGGAUUCGAGAGUAAUGAGGACUAUACGUAUGUUAGGGGCAGAGGUCGAGGUCGAUACGUUUGUGAAGAAUGCGGCAUUCGUUGUAAAAAGCCAUCCAUGUUAAAGAAACAUAUCAGAACUCACACAGAUGUAAGACCAUACACAUGCAAGCACUGCGCUUUUGGUUUCAAAACCAAGGGCAACCUGACAAAGCAUAUGAAAUCAAAGGCCCAUUACAAGAAAUGCGUGGAGCUAGGAGUGGUUCCUGUACCAACAAUUGUUUGCGACGAGAACAUCGAUAAGGAAGCCAUUGCCCGUCUAGCGGCAGGUGGCAACACCGAAGAGUCCUCGGACGAAGAAGAAGAGAGCGAAGGAGAAGAAAGCGAAGAAUCCGGUAGCGAGGAACAGGAAGUAGCUCAAAGUUUAUUGAGUCUGUCUCAACGGAAUACAAACAGGUUGCCAGGACUUUUGCCAUCAGGAAGGCCAACUACUUACCCCUAUACACUCACUUUUCCUACAACCUCCACGUCCGUGAGCGUGUCCAUUACGAUAACCAGCACCCCCAUAAGUACCCAAACGAUUGCCAGUACCCAGGAGACUACCGUUGUUCGAAACGAAUUGUCGCAUCGCUAUUACUUUCCUUCAAAUCGAACCGCUCCGGAGGAGAUAAGAACGACCGUGAUCCAAUCGUCGAAAAAGGAAACCCCUGAAGUAGAAAUGAACAAGAGCGAACAAGAUUCGCGAAGCACCUCUUCUCAACCCAUGGAUCUUACAACGAAGGCCGUUGUACAAUCGUUACCUGCCCCUGUGCCGCAAAGAGCAAGACCAACGGACAUUUUGACUCCUGUCUCGGAACCAGUCUUGCUGCAAACGAUAGUUCAAACUAUGGAAAGGUUACCGAUACAAGGGAGAGAAUGGAAACCGGACGCCGAGGGCCACGUGUUGCCGGCUUACUUGAAAGAAAUAACUUUCGCCGAAAGGAGCGAGUCCAACAAAUGUAGUUACAGUGUGACUGAGGAUGGGAAAAGUGUCUGCGGUAUUUGUAACAAGGUGUUCAGCAAACCUAGUCAGUUACGGUUGCAUAUCAAUAUUCAUUACUUCGAGAGACCAUUUAGAUGCGAGAGCUGCGCGGUGUCUUUCCGGACCAAGGGUCAUUUGACAAAGCACGAGAGAUCUGUUUCACAUCACAACAAGGUCAGUAUGACUUCCACGUUCGGGGCUGCGACGACUAGCAACCCACGACCAUUCAAAUGUACCGACUGUAAGAUAGCGUUCAGGAUACAUGGUCACUUGGCGAAACAUCUUCGUAGCAAAAUGCAUAUUAUGAAAUUAGAGUGUUUAGGUAAAUUGCCAUUCGGGACGUACGCUGAAAUGGAAAGGUCUGGUGUCAAUUUGAAUGACAUCGAUACGACCGACUGUGAUAAUAGUCUUACUAGUCUUCAGAUGUUGGCUCAAAGACUUUGCGAGAAAGAUCCUAAUAAAGUAGGACAGUGGGAACCUGAAACUAUUCCAAGUCAAGUGAUCAGCGGAGGUGAAACUUCCUCAAACGAUGGUGAGCCUAUGCCGCCAUGAAAGUGACCACAGACUCGGAUAUGUUUCGAUCAUAUCAUGUGCCAAUCACCAACGAAGAUCCAAAGUUCGAUCAGUUUAAUUAACAGGAGCGCGAGUACAGUGUGAACGAGAUGCCAAAUCAAUCUUUACAUCUUCCAUAGAUUAUACAAGGCUGGAUGUGGUCGUACCAAUCGUACGGGAGUGCCAAGUCUGCACAAGUUUCUAAUGUGUACCAUGAACGACAUACAAAUUUUAUUGAACAUAAUAUCGAAUCGGAUUUUAGUACAAAAUGCACACAGGGAUGUGGACAAGUGUAGAGAAAAAGAGAAUACUCAGAGAAAAAGUAACAGAAAUAUCUAUUAGCCAAAAAUAGACCAUGAUAAGUCAAAGACACGUAGUGCCAAAAUAAUGCAGUGGACUAGAAAACAAAUCAACGGUGAAAUUGUUUGGUCGAAUUCGUUGCCGUACCGAUAAAAUAGUUAUAAACAAAAAAAAAA